CUGCUGGCAGCUCCGAUCGGGAUGUGAUCGGAACCGAUGGCUACGAAUCGUAAUGAGACAUCCUAUGCAAAGUAGCCCCGACUCCCGACCUAUUCGAAGGGACGAGUUGAGCACUGCAGGUCCUCGGACCUCUGUUCGUCCCGCUCUGUGACUGCAGCAGAGUCCAAGCGUCUGAAUAGAUCGGAGGAAAUAGAUCGAAGAUGAGUGUAUAUGAAGGAGACGGUGAACCGAGUCGGAACCUCAUACCUCGGACCCGACCUUGCAAUCUCCUUUCACUCCACCAUAGCAACAUAUCUUUCCCCGCCAUGAUUAUCAUACUUCUAGCCAUUAACAUGGCACGACAAGGCGUCACCGCUGCGCCCAUCUCCAGGCCGACUUUGAUCGCAAACACGUCACCGUCCUGCCAAAGCAUCACCGAUUGUCGGACGACGUACGACAUCAUCUAUAGCUGCCUGACUACGGUCAUUGCCUGCGUAUGGUCUGCAAUCCACCCGGACAUCAUGUACCCUGUGGGAGCUUCUUGGAGGGCGGGACUUCGACGAGUUGGAUUCAUGCUCGCUGCUCUCAUUAUACCCGAGUUGUAUGUCUUGCAAGCGCUGCGUCAAAUGAAAGCGGCGGGCCAGAUAGCUGACAAGUACAAAGACCAUGGUUGGACCCGUACUCAUGGGUUUUUCCUUCUGAUGGGUGGCUUUGCCCAACAAUGCAAAGACUCGACCAAAUCUCUCACUCGCCUCGAUCCUGAGAAAUUCCAUGAGCUUGUAUCUAACGAAGAAGUGGAGUUUCCAAACAUCUCCAAGGACGAGAUUGAGGAUAAGAGCAAAGUAGACGUGCUAUCGAAGUGCGUUGUACUUCUGCAGGUCACCUGGUUCGUUAUGCAGGUCAUCUCCCGGUACCUCCAGGGUUUAUACAUUACACAAAUGGAAGUCUUCACAGCGGCAUUCACUAUCAUGACCGCUGCGAUGUACUUCUCCUGGUUCUACAAGCCGUACACUAUUGCAAGCCCCGUCAUUCUGCAUAGCAAGUGCCCGAAUACAGGCCGAAAGAUACUAGGAUCGGAAGCAGAUGGAUCGAACGACGUCAUAGUCAGCAGAGAUGGAGAGGACGGACCUUCCGACGAGGUCGAUUCGACGUAUGUUUGUCUGUCAGAUAAUGGCCAAACGCUCGCGCGCCGGGCCUACGUCACCAAUGAUAGAUGCAGCAAUACAGUGCGGCAUGGAGCCGAUAGAGAAGACAGUUCUUCAUCCAAUGAUGUUGGCACUGACAGCGUGAUCAUGAUCUGGAAGGCUUCGAUAGACUUCUUGAAGCCUGUCCGAGAAUGCGUGGAAAAUUUGAUCCCGAAACCACGCUCCAGAUUGACGAGGACUCUGCGUGUCGUCCUCAUUCUGUGCUUCACUCCAUUGGGAUGUGUUCUGCGUGCAAUUGGGUAUCUGACGGGAGAUGACACGGACAACUUCAAAGGAGGAUGGCUGGUCAAUGCCGGAAUCGAUACGAAGGACAACGAAGAAUCCGACGCGAUCUACGCAAUCGCUGCAAUCUCCAUACUAUUUGGCAUCAUGCAUUGCGCGGUGUGGAACGCACAGUUUCCGGACGCUGCGGCUAAAUGGAUAUGGCGAGGAAGCUCCAUCGUAGUCAUCGGUGCGCCCUUCUUCGUAAUUCCUCUUGAACUUGUCACUCCGUAUUUGCCUACUAGUAUGACGAUAGCUCAACACUGUUUAUGCCUGCUGUACAUUUCAGCACGAGGUAGCUUACUUGUCCUCGCUCUUUGCUCCUUGGCUUCUCUUCCUGCCGGUGCCUAUCAAGCCGUCUCUUGGAUGAAAUUCAUCCCACAUUUCUAAUUUGUGUAUUGUUUUAAUGCUACUACCUUUGCUGUUCCAAGGUGUUUUCUACUUCAAA